AUGGAGGAUCCAGACCACCCUCAGCCGCCAUUCCAGCUCGUCAAGAGAGUCCAGGACAACAUCUGGCUGACGCGGCGCAUUGCCCAGGACCCGGGCCAUGCCGACGGCGAAGAGUUCAUCGCGCGCAAGGUGGACGACUUUGACGAGUACUACGAGGCGGGUAAGUACUCGAUGAGCUUCACGACCAAGAGGCAGCGGCAGGUGAAGGGCCUGAUGGACCUUCUCUACGACGGCAACCUCGGCCGCAACGUGUCGCACAUCCUGAACCACGAGAACAUCAUCUCGCUCGCCGGCUACCUCCGCCAGCGGCCGGUCCACCCGCACGUCGACGCCAUCGAGGAUUAUCUUGUCUGGGAUAUCUGCGACGCCGGUACGCUUGAGAACCUCCUCGCGGAGCGCGACUGCGAGCGCGAGCCCGGCUGCUUCCUGCCCGAGUCGCUGUGCUGGCACGUGCUUGUGUCCGCGAUGCGCGCCCUCGCCUGGCUCCACGACGGCUACCGCCAGGAGGUGGACUGGGUCACGGGCGAGCGGUGCUGGAAGAAGACGGAUGCCGAGUGGAUGCCCAUCCUGCACCGGGGCAUCAACGCCCAGACCGUCUUCUUCCAGCACCCGCGCGGCAGGGAAACGUACGGCGUGUGCAAGCUGGGCAAGUUCGGGAAGGCCUUUGUGUCGGGCGUGCCCGCGCGGCGGGACGGGGCGCCCAAGGGCGAGACGCCGCUACCACACAGCAUCGGGUUCCCCAUCGCCCCCAAGGAAGGUCAUAAGAGCCUGACGGACAUGACGAAGCAGUGGAAGGAGUACCUCGUCACCGGCAGGAACAGCAAACGGUUGUACACACUCAGCGACGAGCACUGGGCCCUCGGCGCCGUCCUCUUCCGCAUGAUGGUCGGCUCUCCGCUGCCCAGCCUGGACGGGUGCAAGAAGUGCAGGUGCAUCCACAUCCAGCGGUGCGCCAAGGUCGACUGCGUCUACCAGGGUAAACACGGCGGCGGCGGCGAGUGCCAGCAGCACGAGACGUUCCGUGGGUGUCGAUGCCCCACGCCCUGUUCAGCAGAGGAGGACGUCCACAUCGACGAGACGCUGCAUCGCGUGGGCUACUCGCCUUACAUGGUUCUUGCCGUGCGCAUGCUGCUCAACUACGACCUCGAGGCGCCGGCUGUUGGGACCAAGGCACUGGCGGACGAGGUCGAGGUGCUGUACCGGCGAUGGAGGGGCGAGACAGAGGACGGGCGGGAGUAUAUCGACGUCGAGGACGACCUCGGGUACCGAUUCCUGGUGUUGAACAAUGCUGCGGGUGCUGUUGCCACGGGCGAGGCCAUGGAGGAGUGA